GCGCGGGGAAGGAUGGUCCCUCACAUCCAUUCAUUCCAUGGUAGAAAACAGUUACCAUCUUUUUUCCAACGAGAUUUACAGUAAUAAGCGCCAAAGAUUAAAAAAAAAAUAGUAUGGGCAGGUUUUCACGUAAAAAGUAUAAUGGGAUGGCUAUGCCCUUUAAGAAAACUGACGAUGAAAAACCAAAGAAGGAUACCAAUUACAUCAUACCUGCAAUUAUCGCCAUUUCUUCCUUCAUGUGCUACGCAAAUAGUUUAAACUGUGGUUUAGUCUUCGAUGAUCGACCAGCUAUCGUCGAAAACAUGGAUCUCAGACCCAAGACAGCUCUAUCUAAUCUACUUUUCAAUGAUUUUUGGGGCACACCGAUGCAUAAAGAAGAAAGUCACAAAUCAUAUCGUCCAUUAUGCGUGUUUACAUUUCGAUUGAACUAUUGGCUUCACGAACUCAAUCCUUUUGGAUACCAUUUUACAAAUGUUGCACUCCAUGUAGUUGUUUCCCUUCUUUAUCACAGGUUUUGUUGUGAAUUUUUAUCUAAAAGUGCAAGUUUUAUUGCUGCAAUGUUGUUUGGUCUUCAUCCAAUUCACACUGAGGCGGUGACUGGCGUCGUUGGCCGAGCAGAGCUCCUAUCAUCCAUAUUUUUCCUUCUAGCUUUUCGAUCAUAUUCUCGAUCGAGAUCCCCUUCAGGAGAAAACGAUUAUAGAUCACUGAUGUGUUGCAUUAUUUUUGUGGGCUUAGCCAUGCUCAGUAAAGAACAAGGUAUAACAACAGUUGCAGUGUGCGCAGCUUACGAUAUCCUGUUAAUUCAACAAGCUGUUCCUCCUCCACUGAUGCCAGAAAGAGCGCCAAAGGGCAAAAUCAAAGGUCCAACCCCUACUUGGAGAAAAGACUUAGUCCUCCGAUUACUCGUACUUGUAAUAGGCACGGCUGUUCUCUUAUAUGCGCGGAUGCAGAUCAUGGGAUCAAAGUUACCAGUUUUUAAUAAAUUCGACAAUCCAGCGGCAACUGAAAACUGGCCAACACGCCAUUUGACACACCACUAUUUAAUUCCACUGAAUACUUGGCUAUUACUCUAUCCAAUGAAUCUUUGUUGUGAUUGGACUAUGGGAACAAUACCACUAGUCGUGUCUUUCAUGGACUCAAGAGCCAUUGCCACUGUAUUCUUCUAUACUGUGAUAUGUAAACUAGUGUGGACAUGUUAUUGUUCAAAAAACCGAAUUUUUCCCAAACUAAUGUUGGGUGUUUCUAUGUGUAUAUUUCCUUUCGUACCUGCGUCAAAUCUUUUCUAUCCAGUGGGCUUUGUGAUAGCAGAAAGAGUUCUAUAUCUUCCAAGCAUGGGAUUCUGCUUUCUUGUUGCAUGUGGGUGGCAGAAUCUAUGUCUCAUUUAUCGAAAGCGUACAACUUUUCUGCAUGCUUGCAUCGUGAUACUAUUGUGCCUUAAUUUUAUCAAAACUGUGAUCAGAAAUUUGGAUUGGAAAGAUGAAGAGUCCCUAUUCAAAUCAGGAUUGCGUUUCACAAAAGCGAAUGCCAAACUUUACAAUAACUUGGGUCACGUAAUGGAAAGUAAAGGGGAACACGCAGAGGCUCUAGAACUGUUCCAACAAGCCGUUCGGAUUCAACCGGAUGAUAUUGGUUCUUAUUUAAAUUUAGGAAGAAUUUAUAAUACUCUAGGAAGCACAGAGAAAGCAGAACAAGCCUUUUGGCAGGCUAAGAAUCUGUUACCGAAGAAAACUCCUGGAAAGACAUACAAAGCACAUAUUGUUCCGAGUCAUUUGGAUUUAUUCCUGAAUUUGGGAAAUCUUCUUUCCAAAAAUACUUCUAGAUUAGAGGAAGCGCAAGAACUUUACAAAGAAGCAAUCAGUAUGAAGAGUGAUUACAUUGAUGCCUAUAUGCAGAGAGCUAGUGUUCUACUAAAACUUAACAGGUCUGAAGAAGCUCAGGAUAUGUACCACGAAGCCCUGAAGCACGAUAGGCUCAACCCAGAUCUAUUUUACAACAUAGGUGUCUUACUUUUGGAACAAGGAAAAUCAUUACAAGCAUUAGCGCGUUUUGAUCAGGCGUUGCAGAUAGACCCAGAGCAUGAGAAAUCUCUUUUGAAUUACGCCAUUCUUAUUCAAGAUUCCGGUGACUCGGAAUUAAGAAGAAUAGCGCAUGAAAGGUUAAAAGUUUUGCUGGACAAAGGUCAACAACCCGAAAGAACAUAUUUUAAUCUGGGAAUGCUGGCUAUGCAAGAUCGAGAUGCAGCAAAAGCUGAACUUUAUUUCAAGAGAGCUUUACAACUCAAAUCCGAUUUCGAUGCUGCACUCUUCAAUCUUGCUCUUAUCCUCUACGAAAAAGGACAACCUUUCGAAGCUCUAGCAUAUUUACAGAAACUGGACAAGAGACAUAUUAAAGGAUUGAUCUUGUUGGGAAACAUUUACUUCAACCAUCUCAAAAACUACACCGCUGCCUUACAAUGUUACAAACUCAUAUUGAAACAAGAUCCAAAUCACGUGCCGGCCAUGCAUAAUUUAUGUGCAGCGCAUUACCAGCUGGGGGAACUGGACGUUGCUGAAGAAUGUUUAUUGCACGUUUCAUCCUUAAAACCAGAAGAAUCUUAUGUCAAACAUCAUUUGCAAAUAGUCCAGGAACGAAAAGGGAAAAAAAUUCUGAACGAUAUUCGAACAACAGGAUCGAAUCCAGGAUUUUGCAAAGCUCCUGAUAUUGAGUGUCAUCCAAGCUCUGAAAACAACGGUUCGGGUCUACCCUUUUCCCAAAAAAGGAAAACUUUGACUGAAACUGACAAUGAAAAUUUAAAAUUGUGAUACUUUUACUGUAUAUUUUUUAAGAUUUAUCCUGAUACUAUUAAUUUAUAUGGUGUGCUUAAUGCUUCCUUAUGUUGUUUGCAAAUGUUUGUUGUAAAUUUCAUAUUUUGUAAAGGUGUCUUUUAAAACUUAUGAAUAAAAUCUAUUUCAUAAAAA